AUGAGGGCUGACCCAGAACACGGAACGUCAAAGAGCAGAGGAGAGCGCCGGAGCCUGCCGGAGGAGGUGGUGGAGAUCGACCUGUUCCUGAAAGAGACGGCGAGCCGGGAAGCCAACGCCAAGGUGCGCCUGCAGCAGUUCAUCGAAGAGCUCCUGGACCGAGCGGACCGGGCCGAGAAGCAGCUGCAGAUCAUCAGCAGUUGUGGGUCGACUCCGAACGGCAGCCUGGGGAGGUGCAGCAUCCCCGGAUACAAAGCACAGGAGCCCCGCGUCCAGGGACCCAGGCAGAGGAUAGAGAGGCACCAGGGGCCCGGCUCCUCCACCCACGGUUCCUAUCCUGUGUCCAAUCAGCGAUCUUCCUCCUGUACGGGAGUUGCGGGCAGAGUGAAGACCGUCUCCCAGAGCUCGGGCUGCUAUGACAGUGACGGAGGGGAGCCGGUGCCCAUGGACGAGUCCUUAGAUCACUACUCCGGGAACAACCAGCCGGAGGACAGCAGCUUCGAGAGGAACAACAACCGCAGCUCGGGGCUCCGGCGCCAGGCCAUCCAGAACUGGCACCGCCGGCCCUACCGCAACAGCACAGAGGGAGAAGAAGGGGACAUCUCUGACGCCGGGUCUCAGGCCACGGAAUCCGAGGCCGAGGUCUGGGAGCAGGACAGCAUCGGCUCUGCCGAGCUCAACUCCGAACGGGCGUCAGGAGACUGCAGACCAAAAGGCCGCUGCGACGGCAGGAUGCUGAGGCCGGAGAAGGGGAGUCCGUCUCGUGCCAACGAGGUCAUCAGCCCGGAGAUCCUGAAGAUGAGGGCGGCUCUUUUCUGUAUAUUCACCUACCUCGAUACUAAAACUCUGCUGCGGGCGGCCGAGGUCAGCCGCGACUGGAAGUUCGUGGCCCGGCACCCGGCGGUCUGGACUCGGGUUUUCCUGGAGAACACCAGAGUGUCCCCAAAGUUUCUGCUCACCCUCUCUCAGUGGUGCACACAGACUCACUCCCUGACACUGCAGAACCUCAAACCUCGCCAGAGGGGGAAGAAAGAGACCAAAGAGGAGUACAUGAAAAGCACAAGGGGCUGCCUGGAAGCUGGACUGGAAGCUCUUCUAAAAGCCACAGGAGGAAACCUGCUGAUCCUGCGGAUCUCCCAUUGUCCCAACAUCCUGACUGACCGAUCCCUCUGGCUGGCCAGCUGCUACUGCCGGGCACUGCAAGCUGUCACAUACAG